GAGAUGAACGGCUUCAGCACCGAGGAGGACAGCCGCGAAGGGCCCCCAGCCUCCGCCGCCAACGCCGCCGCUGCCGCCGCCGCCGCCGCCCCGGGCUACGGCCAGAGCUGCUGCCUCAUCGAGGACGGCGAGCGCUGCGUCCGGCCCGCGGGCAACGCCUCCUUCAGCAAGAGGGUGCAGAAGAGCAUCUCGCAGAAGAAACUCAAGCUGGACAUCGACAAGAGCGUAAGGCACCUGUAUAUCUGUGAUUUCCACAAAAAUUUCAUCCAGAGUGUCCGAAAUAAAAGGAAGAGGAAGACAAGUGACGAUGGUGGAGAUUCUCCUGAACAUGACACUGACAUUCCUGAGGUUGAUCUGUUCCAGCUGCAGGUGAACACUCUGCGACGUUAUAAGCGACACUACAAGCUGCAGACCAGACCAGGCUUCAAUAAGGCCCAGUUAGCAGAAACUGUCAGCCGACACUUCAGGAACAUACCUGUGAAUGAAAAAGAGACCCUCGCCUACUUCAUCUACAUGGUGAAGAGUAACAAGAGUAGACUGGACCAGAAAUCAGAGGGCAGCAAGCAGCUUGAGUGAAGACAAAGCUCAUCUUAAAGGAACAAAGCAUAAUGCCUAAUGCACAGGUGAUAUCUGCUACAUUUAAAGACUGUUCAGUUUUACUGUAAAUAAAAGUUUGAAUGAUGAUACUGUAAAUCUUUUUGGUCAAGAGGAUUAUAUUCUCAUGACUCAGCAUGUGUAUAGACAGACUUUUAAGAUAACUACUGGACUGAAACAAACAGGAUCAUAAAAAGAAUUAAAGGAAAACUAUGUAUUGCAGAAUUCAAUAAAGUGUUAAGUCUAUUCUGCUGAAAAAUGUGGGAUAAGAAAUAGUUUGGUAGUCACCUUGCAAUACCAGGCUGCCACCUUUGGGACAUAGCCCUGGAAUAAGGAUAGGGUAUAGCUGAUGGACUUGCACACUGACCACUGGGUAUGUAGAUGGCCUGCUUUGUUGCGGAUUUUUUUGUCAUUAUCAAUUUGACAUUGGUCUCUUCACUUGCCCUUGUCCACAGGGGGCAUUGAGUUGUCUAAGCUGUCAAAGCAGUGCCAGCCCUGUAACAUCUGCUUCCUUGCUCUUGUAACAGAGACCUGUGCUACUUUUGUUGUUCAGCACUUAACUGCUAAAGUAUGGAGGGACUCCUGAUGCAAGGACAAGGAAGUUUGAGAUCAAAAGAGUAUUUCAGGGCAGUUGCAUGCCCCGGUUUGUCAAGGCUUCAGAAACACUGAGAAAUGUUUCUCACAGGAGACGUGGUACUUUGCACACCCCUCUGUGCUUCACUUUUGGGAUGAAGUUAUUAAGACUUGAGCCAAGAUCCUGGGCAAUAAAUGCUUUGACAAACUGAGCAAUUUUGGUUUGGGGCUAAUGUUUUCAGAAGUAUUAAUCCUCAGUUCAUGACCACCAGGAAAGCUGCCAAGGACCAUAUGACUCCUGCUCAGAAGCUCAGCUGUUGGGUAGAAAGUACGGCUGUCCUUAAGUCCCUGGGCUCUGUCUGGUAGACAGCACAUCAUGAAUUUGAGCAACCAAGGUUAGUGCUAUCUGAUGCUCAUUUUUGUGAGCAAUUUGCUUCCCUGUUAGGGAGAAAGAUUGCUUAAAAUAAUUUUUAAAGUAUUAAUAAUGGCCUGAUUUUUGUUUUUGUCAGUAAGUCAUUCUUCUAGCUAAUUUUAUCAGAACCAAAGUAUCCUGGGAAAACAAAGCUUUAUAUCCAAAAAUAUGCUUUUGCAAAAUUCUCUAUAUGAUCAUUGUGUUGGGGGUAGAAGGCUGAGAGAAAAAAAUUUGGAUUCUAGUAUCUGACCAAUCUUGAUACAUAUGAUGACAUAUGAUGGUCAAAGGUGUCAUUUUGCUUCUCAGUUUCAAUUCUUAGUUGUUUUUUAAGCCUUAAAUAAUAAAAGGAGCAAUGCACAGCCUGGCUGGCAGAGUUUCCAUGUCUCAUAAAUGGCUUAAUCUGAGCACCAUAGGCAAGAAGUCAAAACAAAACCCCAACUGAGCAGGGUGGCAGUGUCUGAAGAUUUCAGUUCUGUGAGCAGAGUACCAUGCUCUCUGUGGAAUGGGGACAGAGCCACCCCUGUCACUAACAUGCAGUGUGUUUCAUUGCAGCAACGCUGUCACCAGUGUUCAAAGUGCAUGUCUGGCAGAUUGCAGCCUUUUUUACAUGUGUGUAAAUGAAUGUACAUAGACAUUGCUCUGAACUCUGAAGGGAUCCUGUUUUGAUACACUUGGCUGUGUCUGGCAUGUCAAGGUACUCUUGAGUAUUCUCAUUCAGAUCCAGUGUAUAUUUAGUGAUUGUCUCCUUACUUACAGCUGAAGGAUAUUGAUAGAGACAUCAAGAAGCCUCAUCGGGGGCUGGAGUUUGGCAGAUGGAGCCUGCAGGUUAAGGCAUCGUUAAUGUUCUCUCUGGAAAUGUUUCUUUUUGAGGAAGAAAGUAUAUUUUUCUGAUAUUUAAACCAAAAUUGUGAGUAUGUAGUCAUGUCACAGCUCCUUUAACAGCAAAUCUGUUUUCCCAGUGGAGAGAAACAGCAGUGCAUUCUCGUCCAAGAAGAUGUGGUAUCAGGAUUCACAUGUUGAAAUGUGUAUGUAAGACUGCUUUUAUUCCAAACGGAAGCCUGGGCGACUUGUGACCUUCAGCCAGAGGCUGUGCGCACUUGAGUCUCAUGUUGUCUUGAAAAGUGCUUUUGGAAACUGGAAGUUGUAGGCAUCUUCAACCUUUUAAAAACAGGUCAAUUGAGAGAAAAGACAAAGCUAUUUGAACUUAACGUUUAUUCAUGUCCAAAAGUCUGUUCUUUCAUGAAACCACUAAACCACUUGCCUUAGCCUCUUCCGCAGUUUCUGACAGCUUCAUCUGUGGGCAGAAGACUUCUGCCUAUGAGCAACAGCCAGGCCCUCCAAAACAACAGAAUCUGGCUGUAGAGAGCAGUGGGGUUGGGGAAAGCAGUGUUCGCCUUGGCUGCCUGCAUUCUUAUACCACCAGUCAGACUCGUGCGCUUCUCUCCACCUGUGAUGUUGCAGCAUUACCUUCUUUCCUCUUGGUGCUCCUGGGCAAAACUGGAAUUUGAAAUCCAGAACUGGCAUUGUCUUAACAAGUAUGGGCCCUGCCUCUCAAUUCCAGCGUGGCAUGGUUCUUUGAUGUGCCCUGAAGGUCAUCACAAGGAAACAUCAAUGUCCUGCCAUUCAUGUUGUUUCACUUUGUUUUUAAAAAACAAAUGGACAAAUUUCUUAUUUGAAGAACAAACUCUUAGAUUGGCGAAAACAUGUAAUAAUGAUCAAAGCUGAAUCUCAUGAAAGAUUGAAAAACCAAAGGAUUCAAGACCAGUGUUGUAAACUGAAGAGGAAUUUCACUUAUGUGUUACAGCUGCUGAGUUAUUAGAUGUUCCUCUUGUAGCUAAAUAGUUACUAUGAGCCUCUUGAACAGAUACUAAUGUUUGCAGCUGGAAUGUUGAAUCUAACCUUGGCAUUUGCGCUAUUUAUUUUGUGGGAACUUUUUGUUGGUGUCCUGCAGAACAUCUGCCUGGUGGGAGGGGGAGGAUGGGGAUGGGAACUUACUCUCAGGGCCUUGCUUGUUGAGUAGGCUGUCCUGGGUGUGGGUCCAAGGGGAAUUGGUCCAUGGAAAUCACCUGAAGACUGUCAUUACAAGGAUAAGACACCAAAAUUGUGGAAAGACCUUAAAUUGCCUGGCCUAGUCUCCCCAUAGGUGCUGACAUUCUGCUUACAACCAUCCCAACAAGGGGUUGAGCAGUCUGGACUUAAACACCUCUGAGGACAGAGAACUCACUACCUCCUGGGGGAACUUGUUCUAUCCUUGUAAACCUCUGGCUUUUCUGUGUUCUCUGUCAUUUCCAUCGGCCCCAUGGGACCCAUGUGGAACAAGUUAUUCAUCUUGGCAAAGUCCCUAAUUGCACUAUCCAAGGGCAUAGUGUGUUUUUGAAUGGAGCAACUAGGACAUAGACAUUCUCAUGUCCUAACUGUCCUUUGCCCUGUGUCCACUUAGUUCCUUGUUGGAGAAUGUGGAGGAAACCCCAUCAGCCUGGUUAUUCUCCUUUGUUCUUGCCAAAGUGGUGGCAUGUGGCAGGAAGUAGAGGGGAUGUUAACAGCUUGCUUUAAAAAAACAAAACAAAAAAAUCACCUAAGACAGAUGAGGCCUUAUUUGUGUGCUUGCCCCACAAAAACUAAUGCUCACCACAUUGCUUAGGCAAAACCUGACCUAGGACAUUGUAAAAUAAUGUCAUUGCUUCCCAUGGAGUUUAAAGAUUCCAUGGUUGCCAACAGUGUGUUCCUUGUGAUUCCCAUAGCAACUUCAUACACUGUUUUCACUGAGAAGACAAAGGCUAAGAACAUGGGGGUGGGGAGCCAUGAUUCCGUAUCAGAGAAGUGCCAUACUGAAAGUCUUGUAAAGUUGAAUUGUCCAAUAAAUUUUUAAAGAUAAAGCUGAAAUUCAAUACAAGAUUUGCUUGAGUUUACAUGGCAUUAUCAGACUAACCUGUAGUCCUUGUGACCUGUCCAGCAUUCUGCUCACUUUCUGACUCAUGGAAAGAUCAGUUCAGUUGAAAAAGUAAGCUGUCCUCAGAUUCUAGAGAAUCUGUAACUGAGCAGAAGUUGCCAAGGCCACCCUGGCUCUCAGGGACUAUGAACUGACCUGCAGAACUUAAGGGCAAGUGAAAUGAUUGGACCAGCUGAGUUUUGCAAAACUAGUAAAAAGGGAAAACAGAUCUAUCCUAUAAUAGAAGACCCAGGAUCAGAAGUUCUAGUGGAAGGUGUCUUGUUGUCAUAGAAUCUUAAUUCUCAUGAAAUGGGCUUGGGGUGUGAUGGGUCAAACUUCCACCUCCCAGGCAGUCCUUGGAGAGUGUCUGAUUCAGCUGGCCCUGGCCCUGGCCCUGGCCCUCCUGCUGAGCUAGGCAGUUCAAUAACAGGUGAACUCAAGAUCAUGCCCUGGGAAGCAUGGUGCUUUAGGGUGCUGCCUAUUCCUUUCAUUAUUAUAGACUGUUCCCACAUUUAUUGUUAGGAAGGAUAAAGUAGAUUGCUGUUAGUGGUUGAAUCCUGCCUGAGGCAAAGUGGGACCUCUUGAGGCAGAAAUGUCUGCACUCAGUUGUUGCAUCAAGCUUGUGUCUUGUCACAGAAACCCUUCAGUUGCUUUCAUCUGCUGAAUACAUUUGCCAGCAACACAGGGUUGCACAGGAUCCCUGUUCAACAUCACUGUCGUCCUAUGCUCAUCAGAGUAUUUUGGGGUAUGGAUCUUUCCUUUCUCCAUUUUGUAACUGCCUUAUUGAAAAGUAAGUGCCCUUCCAUUCCAGGCCUCCUCAUAUUGUACUUGUUUCCUGCCAAAUUUGGGGGAUCGUUUGUGUUUUAAUUUUAUAAUAUAUGGCUCUGUACUGUUUGAAAGGCUCUCAAUUCUAUGAGGUCUUUAGUAUGUAUGUGACUUUUCAUGUUGCAGUAUCACAGAGAUGAGAUGGCCCGACUUUUCGCUCUUAAUAAAUGAUCUGAAUGAGUAAGAGA